AAGCAAAUAAAUUGAUUUACAUACAUAAGUGCGAAAUAUAUUAACAAAAAGCCAACAACAAAAACAAAAUGUGUACUUUUUCGUCAGACUGUGCAGUGAAAAGUAUUGAAAUAAAUCAGAAAUAUUAAAAUUGGCGAGAAAUUGCGCGUGGUCGUCUUUAAUUGGUAGCAAAUAAGCCAACACCCACAAGCAAAAAUAAAAACACAUAAAACAAACAAAGAAAUUAUAAAAGCAUAAAAAAACAAUUAAUAGGAAAUUUUUUUUCGCCCUCGUUGUUCACAAAAAACAUUCAAAAUUAUUCUCGAAAUGGAUAUGACUUCAACAGCGGAAGCUGCCGCCCGCAGCUGGUAUGACAAUCCGCGUUUGGGCAGCUCUCCGCAAGCGAAUGGCCUGGGCGGCGCCGGCGCCGGCUUGGGACAUCACGCCCUCACAGCCGCUGGUAGCACAGCGAUGGGCGGUGGCGCUGGCCUAGGCGGCGGCGGCGGCGGUGGUGGCGGUGGCGGUCUCGGCGGCCUGGACACCACCGAUAUGAGCGCCUUCUACGCGCUGGAAAGCAACGGCCAUCACAGACGCUACUAUCCGAGCUAUCAUCAGCACACAUCCCGUAUGCCAUCGUCCCAUACAUCACCGCAAGUGUGUCGGCCGCACUUUCAUCCGCCUCUCGGUUCGUGGCUUACCAGCGAGCAUAAAUCAUUCGCACCCGCCAGCCCAUGGGGCAGUCCGUUUGCAUGCCCCCAAGAUCCGCAAGUGGACCAUAAGGUCGGCCAAAUUGGCCAAAGCCAUCAGACGACGGCGGGCCAGCAUUCAUUUCCAUUCCCACCGACACCGCCAAAGGAUUCCACACCCGAUUCAGUACAAACCGGUCCAUCGGAGUAUCAGGCCGUUGUGAACGCGUUUAUGCACCAAGCGCARUCGACCGGCACUACCUCAAUAGCGGACACGAGUUGUGCGCUGGACAUAAAACCCGCCAUACAGAACGGCCUCGGYAGCCUGACGCACAAUGGCAGCCAGCAGUCGUCGGCGGCGCCAAAGCAACGUGAAGGUACCAACAACAAUAAUAAUAAUAAUAACACAAAUAACAACAACAAUAAUACAGCGAGUAGUUCGCACAACAACAAYAAUGGCAGCAGCAACAAUAACAACAGUAGUGCGAACAAUAAUAAUAACAAUAACAACAACUCCGCGUCCACAACGAAUAACAGCAGUCACAAUGUACACGCACACUCCUCCAGCGCCAAUACCAUCUCCGCCCUGAACGGCUCCAGCCUAUUCGAUGGCACCGCGCAAGCGCACUACGCCAAUAGUUUAGGCAAUAGCAGCAGCAGUAGUGGUCUCGGUGUGGGUCUCGGCGGUAAUGGACUCACAGCRAACUCGUCGCUCGGCAGCGCCGGCAGCAGCGCGAGUGCUAUGGGUGGCUAUGAUGGCACAUAUGCCUCAUAUGCGGCGCAUCAUCAUUUGGCUAACACCUCAGCGGCGGUGGCGCAUCAUCAGGCGGCCGCUGCCGCUGCGGCGGGUAUGUUUCAAAGUUCCUCAAUGGCAGCGGCGGCUGCAGCGCGRCACAGCAUGUCGGGCGGUCAUCAUACGCAUCAUCAUAUGAUGGGUGGUGGCGCGUCUGCGGGUGUGUCAUCCGGGCUGGGGCAGAGUCAUGGUGGUAUUGGUGGUUGUGGUGGUAGUGGUAUGAGUGGCGGCGGCGGCAGCAGCGGCGGUGGUAGCCUUGGUUUAGGCGGCCUAAGCGGUAGCAGUUUGGGUGGCAAUAUGUCGGCUAGUCACGGUCAUGGACAUGGGCAUGGUCAUAGCCAUCAUGGCCACGGCCAUGCGCACAGUCAUAGUCAGGAUGUGAAGCCGGCGCGUACGAAACCGAGAACCAGUGCGGACACUACAGUCGCUACAAAGCGCCGCGAAGCGAGCGGGGACAUCAUGCGCGAAUUGCAAAACCACAACGACAACACUUUGGCGGCGGAACGCCAGCGGCGAACCCGUGUGUAAUGCCUGCGGACUCUACUACAAGUUGCAUAAUGUGAAUCGCCCACUUACGAUGAAAAAGGAAGGCAUUCAAACGCGUAAUCGCAAAUUGUCGUCGAAAUCGAAAAAGAAGAAGGGUUUAGGUGGUCCCUGUCUACCCAUUGGCAGUCACUUGGGCAUGGGAGAUUUCAAACCACUCGAUCCGUCGAAAGGUUUCGGUGGCGGUUUCCCAGCUUCUAUGGCGCAACAUGGCCAUCUUUCCAGUGGUUUACAUCCCGCACAUGCGCAUAUGCACGGCGGCUGGUAUACAGGCGGUAUGGGCGCUUUGGGUGCUUCUGGUGGCUUGCAGAGCGGCUUCUCGACAGCCGGUUCACUGGGCGGCGGUGUGGUACCGCAUUCGCAGCCUUACCAUCUCGGUUUGGGUUCGAUGGGCACCUGGCGUACGGAUUAUACGUGAUGGAGCGGGAACAAUUUGAAUAAUAAUUUAUUCAAUUGAAAGUAAACAAGGCAAAAACGGCAAUGCAAAUCACACACUGCACGCAACCAACGCGCUUAACGGUAAACCGCCCAACAACAACAUGCGAAAAUACAAACAUAAAAAAACCAGUGAACCAAAAAAGUCUUAAAGUAAAAUAUAUUAGCUGUACAAUAGCAACACGCUAUUAAGAGCAACCAAAAGGAACGUAAAAGCCGUAACCGAGCACCCACGCCUACAACUUGAGCCAACAGCAAUAGUAUACCAGUUACAACAAGCCUAUAAUGACUUACAACUGACUACAACCACAACUUGCCAAGAACAACAAACAACACAGGAACAUGAAAAUAUUUGCAAACAGAAAUUUUUACUUGAAAAUUUUGUUUUCACCAAACAAAAAAAAAAUUAAGCAAAUUUUUACGUGCGCUCUCUCUCCCUCGCACGCGCUCUCCUACACAUACGCAGCAACGGUGCUUCGCUUUACUGUAAGGCGUUUUGGUUUGGUUGAUAAUACCGGGUUUAUCCUGUCGCCGCCAACAUUAAUGAGUGCAACUGAAGUGGUUGUUCAAGUGGUGUGCAACAUCAUUAGUGACCAACACCGAACCCUCAAAGCAACCACACAAAGGAUCAACACCAAAUCGGGAAGCCGAAUACCGAGUUUCAUCUAAUGCCGAGAUUUACUCAAUUCAGCGUGAGAUUGUCUACAACAAAAGCAAAAAACCCGAAAAUAUUGCGAAAACUCAAUUUGGACUUCACCACUUUUCAGCCGUGCGGUCAUCGGUCACGCCGCACUUGUUGCCAUGAGUUAAGCCCGGUUAAUUGCGCUUCGUCUGCUUUAUCUCGUACUUUACCUUCUCGAGUGUUUUGCAUUCAACGAACGAUUUCACGAACAGCUAAGCCACAGAUCGGUCUGAGCUACUGUUUAAACCGCAGCGUGGUGGCUUAGCCAAAGGAUUAACUCAAGUGCGGAAUUGUGUUUGGUGUGUGCAACACACAAUUGAGGAGUGGCCGUAUGUGUGUAUGUGCUGUUGUUAUGUGAAGACUUUGAGGCGAGCGGACAAGUGCUUGGCGCCAGUUUAUUUAGCAUAAUGUUAGAGGCGUAUUAUUUGGCGGUGCUUACUUGGAACCCGGACUAAUCAGCUGCACUUUGCAGUGUUCGUAAAUGCAGUUUUGAAAAAAAUAACUAUGAAUGUGUAUAGUAAACAGUACAUGUUGCUGCAAAUUAUACAUGAAAGAAAUCGUGCUCAGAAAAUAUUGUAUUUUAUUUAUGCCGACAAAUAUUUAUAUCACAGUUAUAAGUGUAUGCAGUUUUU